AUGUCAACUUCCCCGGAGCUCAGUCCUCCUAACGGGAUCGCGUCUUCUCCAAGAGGUGAUAUAGGAGCGGUUCAAACAAACGGCCAUCCAGACGAGAGCGACCUUUCCGAUAUCCAGGCUGCCGCCGAAGUAGUAGUAUCACCCAGACCGGCCAGCCCCUCCGGGUAUCGCGAUGCCGAUGCCGAUGCCGAUGCCGACAUCGCCGAUGAGGAUGAAGACUCAGAGUCUGUCAAUAAUGAUGCAUCCGAUGAUGCCGAUUUCGACAUGGCCGACAGUCCUGCGUCUGUCCAGAGCAUACAAGAAGACGAUGACGUCGAGGAGGCCGCGUCCUCGAGCGACUCGCAGAGAGCCCCGAAGCGCAAAGCGCCUGCCGUGGUAUUAGAAGACGACUAUAUGAGGGAGAACCCAGAACUGUAUGGGUUGAGGCGUAGUACACGUCCGACCCAACGUCGCAAAGUUGUUGAUUCUGAUGAUGAGGAAUCCGAAUCCGAUGUUGUUGCUGUCGCGAAACGGAAGAAGCGACGCGUUGAGCGCUCCCAACCCUCUUCGAAACGAGAUACUCCCAUACGCCACACAUCACUCGAUGAUUCCGAUUCCGAUACCUAUGGAGGUGCUCGCGCCCGCAGUUUCCAAAAGAAAGCUCGUCGUCAGCAGGAAGCCCAACCCGCCUUGGCCUUUGCCGAGAAGCGCUGGUCAAGCCGUCGUGCCGCACAAGUCACAGCUGGCGCAUAUCAAGAAAGUGACGUAGAUGAUGAUGACGAGGACGACAUGACGCCCAACUACUGGGCCGGCGCCGAAGUCGAAGACGACUCACCGUACAUCGAGAAGAUCAUUCGGCAUCGUGAGAAGGAAGGCGUCGAAUUGACGCCCGAUUCUACCCGCCAUGACUUCGAAUACUAUAUCAAAUGGCAAGGCAAAUCACAUCUCCACGACACCUGGGAGACAACUGAGAGCGUCGCCGGCUUUCGUGGCUUCCGCCGUCUCGAGAAUUACUAUCGAAAAUUCGUAGAGUACGAGCUCGACAUGCGAUUUGGAGGCGAGGACAUAAGCCCUGAGCAACGAGAACAAUGGCUCCUCGACCGCGAGCGCGAGGAAGAAGCGCACGAGGACUAUACCAAGGUUGAGCGAGUGGUUGCUUCUCGUCGUGGUGACGAUGGUGAUGAAUAUUUCAUCAAAUGGAAAGGCCUUCAGUACGAUGACUGUACGUGGGAGGCAGCGGCCCUUGUCAGCUCUCAUGCCCAAGACAAGAUCGACCAGUUCUUGGACCGGUCAGCAAGGUCAUGGACAUCAGACAAGUACGAGGCGAAUCCCGCCAGCCGCUCAAGAAUGACCAAGCUUGAAUCGCAGCCGGAUUACAUCCAGGGCGGACAGCUCCGAGAAUUCCAGAUGAAGGGCUUGAACUUCCUUGCCCUGAACUGGACUCGCGCCAACAAUGUCAUUCUCGCUGACGAGAUGGGUCUUGGUAAAACGGUCCAGACCGUCUCCUUCCUAAGCUGGCUGCGAAACGAGCGAGACCAGCAGGGCCCUUUCCUUGUUGUUGCGCCUCUCAGUGUCAUUCCCGCCUGGUGUGACACCUUCUCGCACUGGUCUCCCGAUCUGAAUUACGUUGUCUAUCUCGGACCCGAAGCUGCUCGCAAUACCAUCCGCGACUAUGAGCUUCUCGUCGAUGGUAAUCCCAAGAAACCCAAGUUCAACGUUCUCGUUACGUCCUACGAUUUCAUUCUGCAAGACUGGGAGUUUCUCCGUACCAUCAAGUGGCAAGUCCUCGCAGUCGAUGAAGCUCACCGGCUCAAAAACCGGGAGUCUCAGCUCUAUGCCAAGCUCGUCAGCUUCGGCGUGCCCUGCAGGAUCCUGAUUACUGGCACCCCCAUCCAGAACAACCUGGCUGAGCUCUCAGCUCUACUUGAUUUUCUAAAUCCCGGAAAGGUCAUGAUAGAUGAAGAGCUGGAACAACUCGGACAGGAGGAGACCGCCAAGGAAGAAGACGAAGAGAAGGAUGAGGAGAAGCGGCGGCAGACCCAAGCCAAGCUCUCGCUUCUGCAUGCCUCCAUUGCCCCCUUCAUUCUGAGACGUACCAAGGAAACCGUCGAGUCUGACCUCCCGCCCAAAACCGAGAAGAUUCUUCGGGUAGAGUUGUCCGACGUGCAGCUCGAAUACUACAAGAACAUCUUGACGAGGAAUUAUGCAGCCCUGAGUGACGCUAGUGGCGGUCAAAAACAGUCACUUUUGAACGUCAUGAUGGAACUCAAAAAGGUCAGCAACCAUCCGUACAUGUUUCAUGGUGUCGAAGAUCGCGUCCUGGCGGGCAGCACACGAAGGGAGGACCAAAUCAAAGGCCUCAUAACCAGCAGUGGAAAAAUGAUGCUACUCGACCAGCUUCUGGCCAAACUGAAGAAGGAUAACCACCGUGUGCUUAUCUUCAGUCAGAUGGUGAAGAUGCUUGACAUCCUAGGUGACUACCUGCGUGUGCGAGGAUAUCAAUUCCAGCGACUGGACGGUACCAUUCCGGCUGGCCCUCGGCGCAUGGCAAUCAAUCACUUCAAUGCAGAGGACAGUGACGACUUCUGCUUCCUCCUCUCUACCCGCGCUGGUGGUCUUGGUAUCAACCUUAUGACUGCUGACACAGUCAUCAUCUACGAUUCUGAUUGGAAUCCUCAGGCGGAUCUGCAGGCCAUGGCCAGAGCCCAUCGUAUCGGUCAAAAGCGUCCUGUCAGCGUCUACCGCUUGGUUGCAAAGCAGACUAUUGAAGAAGAAGUCAUCAAGCGUGCCCGCAACAAGCUCUUCUUGGAGUAUCUCACAAUCCAAGCCGGCGUGACUGAUGAGGGCAAGGCCCUUCGCGAACAGUUCAAGGAGAAGGGCCUUAUGAUGGACGAGGCCAAGACCGCCGAAGAUAUUCAGUACAUCCUCAAGAUGCGCUCUCAGAACCUCUUCGAGCAGUCCGGCAACCAAGAGAGGCUCGAGCAGCUCGAUAUCGACUCCAUUCUCGAAAAUGCAGAGGUCACAAAGACCAAUGUGGACGACAAGAUCAACUUGAGCAGUGGCGGUAUUGAUUGGGACAACUGGAUGCAAGUCACCGACGUCAAGGUGGAGGACCUGAAUAUGGACUGGGACCAAAUCAUCCCUGCUGAGCAACUCGCUGCCAUUAAAGACGAGGAGGAGAAGCGAAAGCACGAGGAAUAUCUUGCGCGAGCUAUGGAGGAGAAUGCGCCUCGCAGGGCAGCUCUCAAGGGAGCAAGAAGGGAGGCAGAUGAGAGAGCAGAGCGCCUGGCGAAGAAGAGGCAACGUGAGAAGCAAGAACAACAGGAGCGAGAGGAACAAAGGGCGGCUAUGCGCAAUCCGCGCCGACCAUUGAACGAGAAAGAGACUCGAAACCUCAUCCGAGCCCUCUUUCGCUAUGGCUCUCUUGACGACCGCGAGGAGGAGAUCAUUCAUGAUGCCCGGCUUAGUGGGCGGGACCGCGAUUUCGUUCGCUCCAUCGUCAACGACCUAGUGGCUAUCAGCAGCAAGGCCGUCGACGCCAACAAUGCGAGGCUGCGUGACGAAGAAGAGAAGGCUGGCAAGUCUCUGGCCAAGAAGGACAAGAAAGCAGUCUUGGUCGACUUUGGGGAGGUGAAGAAGGUCAACGCCGAGACGGUCAUCGAUCGCCCCCCACAGCUACGGCUCUUACGCAAGGUUCUGGCUGAGCAUGGGGACCUCAAGACCUUCAAGCUUCCGGAGGCCACCAAAGGAGCACACUACAGCUGCGAAUGGGGCGCGCGGGAAGACGGCAUGCUUCUUGUUGGUAUCGACAAGUACGGCUUUGGAGCUUGGACACAGAUCCGAGAUGACCCUGAGCUCGACAUGCAAGACAAGCUGUUCCUCGAAGAGCACCGUGUCGAGAAGAAGGAGGAGCGCAAGAAAGGCGACGACAAGAGCAUUCAGUCGCCCGGUGCCGUCCACCUGGUCCGUCGCUCCGAGUAUCUUCUCUCGGUACUCCUUGCCAAGCAUUCUGAUGAUGCCGCUGCUCAGAGAGCAGUUGAGAACCAUCACCGGAGCAAGAAGAAUUUGAUCAAUGGGAAUCGUCGCAGUGAUGUCGGCGGAUCUGCAUCGGCAUCUCCAGCGCCACAGCUGUCAAAGCGACCUAGCCAGACUAAGGAUCGACGAGAGCGCCUUGGCGACCACCACAGGUCGCACAGCAAUGGAGGUGAGCGAGGGACUCCGAGACCUGAUAAGAGAAAGCACGAUCAUAGCCAUGACGACCGGGACCGCAAAUAUCGGCGUCUGGAGGAACAUGAUCGCCGGGAAUCUCACCACUCUGACAAGCACCAUAAAGAUCACCAGAAAGACAAGGAAAAGCGCAAGAGGCUGGACCCUGCAGAACUGGAGACGCUCAAGAGAAAACGCGACCGUGCCGUUCAACGCUUCCACGAGCUCAUGAAGCUGGACGAUGCCAAGCUUGAUUACUCGGACGACGAACAAGUCAUGUGGUCCCUGCUCAAGCCUGUACGAGGCAACUUUGAGCGCAUCAUGUAUACGACAGCGGACAAGGUCGAGGGCGCUAAGGAUCGUGCCCGCAUCAUGGGUCAGGAGCUUCGCCAGAUUGGCAACUGCUUGGAGGAUCUUAAGAAGAACCAAGCUAUUCCGUCUGACAAGCUCGACGACUUGAUGCCGCGGUUCUGGGACUUCCUGUCAUCGAUAUGGCCCGUCAAUGAGUUUGCUGUGUCUGGGAAGCAGCUUGCCAAGAUGUUCCAACAGCUGAAGAAGAAGGAUGAGGACAAGGGUGGCGAGGAAAAGCCAGAAAAGCCGGAGAAGACGAAGAAGCCGCCUCGUGACGACCUCGAGGAUGGCGAAAUCGACAGCGAGCGAGAGACUCGGCGCGCCGAGCCUCGCCGAGAUCAUUCUCGCCCGUAUGAGGAUCCCCGCCGGGAGGCCUGGCGCGAUGAGAGGCGCGAGGAUAGGAGAGCCUACGAGAAUGGCGACCGGUUAAGCUUCGCCCGUAAGGAUCGGCGUCUUGACCACGAUGCUAGGGACCGUGAUCGCGCACGACUGCCUUGGCACAAUCGCCAGAGCCCUUACUAG